AUGAUGGAUGGAAAUCCUCUUCCCAUCUUUGCGUAUACUUGUUUAGGGGAGAAGUGUGGUGUGGCCUGUGAAUUAGAAGCACCGCUUAAAACGCCACGUGAGUGUCGACUUACCCCCCACCGCCAUCCGCGAAAGGCUAAUAAAACACAAGAACCCACCCACAUCCGGUUCAUAUCUCAAAAUCAAACCGCCGUUGCCAACAUGAGAAUGAAGACUUCUUUCAUCGUCUUGCUUCUCUCGUUACUCAUGUUCUUCCUUUUUACAUCAGACUCCAUUCAAGAACAGCAGCAACAACAACCUCUUCCUCUUCAUAUGAAAAUUAAGACUCUUCUCACAAAUAUCCAGUCCUACCUAUUUCCUCCCAACCUGGAUUUCAGAGGAAGCGUUAGUGUAAGCAAAGAUGAACCCAGAGUGACCGGUGCAAGUGAAACAGAAGGCGGCGCUGGGGACAAGUUUAAAGAGGCUGUCACCAAGAGCCUAGGCGAAGGGAAAGCAACCGUUGAGGAAACUGCCAAAACCGCCGCACAAAAACUCAAGGACACCUUUUCUUCCCAUCAUGAUCCCCAAGAAGACCUCUGAUCACUAUAAUGUAGAAAACAUC